CCCCGGCCCCCCGGCUCUGCCCUCCCUCCCCCGGUGCCGCGGCGGCGCGGCCCCAGCGCCGUGGGACGGGACGGGACGGGACAAGACGGGUUGCCGGCCGGCCCCACGCCAGCCCCACGCGGUUCUCCUGACGCGCUUUGUGCCGUGGGUCAGGCCCGAGCCCGCGGGCUCCCGGCGGCGGGUCCCGGGCAGCGGUGCUGCAGGGACCCCCUCGACCCCAGCACCAUGUCCCAGCCGCCCUCCUUUGCCGUCCGCGUCCCCGAGGACACUGACAGCGAUGGCCAGGAGCCGAGCCCAGACAACGAAGGAGCCCUGCACACCUCCUUCCACCAGCUCAUCCAGGAGCAGAGCAGCUUGGUCGAGGCGGGUCUGGAGCUGGAGAUGCAGGCGAGGGACAGAGAGCACCCGGCUCUCCUGGCCCCCCCAGACACCCGGGCUGUGGCGAGGUUGGAGCCCAGGCAGGGCGAGCAGCACCCCAGUUACUCCUCUGCCUCCCUGCGCAUCCUCGCCAGCAUGCCCAGCCGCACCAUCGGUCGCAGCCGCGGGGCCAUCAUCGCCCAGUACUACAACCGCACAGCCCGGCUGCGGCGCCGGAGCAGCCGCCCACCCCUGCAGCAGCUCUGCCGCGCGGCACGGCCCAGCCUGCGCCAGUACGACCUGGAGACCGACCCUGCCACGGCCACGCUGGAAGAGAAGCGGAACCUGCUGGUGAAGGAGCUGCUGAGCCUUUCGCCCAGCCAGUGCAGCCACAUGCUGCUCAGCGUGCCCCUCAGCCUGGCAGAGAAACGCGCCCUCCGGCAGGAGCUGAGCGGGCAGCGGGGGCCCCCGAGGCAGCACGCCCAGCACCAGCCCCCCUCCUCUCCCUGCGGGUGGUCCAAGGAGCACAUCGUCCUCGGCUGCCGGGGCCUCUGGUACAGGCUCCUCUCCCUGCUCCCCGCCGCGCAGCCCUGGCACUACGCCCUGAAGCAGAUCAGCGGCCGAUUCGGCUCCAGCGUCCUCUCCUACUUCCUCUUCCUCAAGACGCUCCUUAUGUUCAACAUCAUCUCAUUCCUCAUCCUCCUGGUCUUUGUGGUGGCCCUGCAGGCUGCGUAUCCCCCUGCCUCGGCCAACCCCCAGCCCUUCACCGGCCUCGAGCUCCUCACAGGAGCGGGCUACUUCACUCACUCGCUGCUGUACUACGGCUACUACAGCAACGUCACCCUCAACGACCCCUGCGCCUCCAGCCCCAAUGGCAGCGCGUGCCCCCUCGCAGCCCCCCCGCUCCUCUACAACAUGCCACUGGCCUACGUGUUCAGCGUUGGGGUCUCCUUCCUCGUCACCUGCAUCCUGCUGGUGCACAGCAUGUCCCGCUCCUUUGGGGAGAGCUACCGCGUGGGCAGCUCCACGGGGGACUUGGCGACCAAAGUCUUCUGUGCCUGGGACUUCAAGGUGAUCCAGAGGCGCUCAGUGAAGCUGCAGUGUGAGAACAUCUGCACCCAGAUGAAGGAGCUGCUGGCGGAGCAGCGUUCCCGCUCGCGCUCCCGGAGCCUCUGCCAGCGCCUGGGCCACUCCGCGGUGCUUCUCCUGGCCUGGGCCCUCUCGCUGAGCACGGCGCUGGGCUGCGUGCUGGCCGUGCACUACUUCUGGGAGCACAUGCACGCGGUUCAGCAGGAGCACCGAGCGCGGGGCAGCGGCGAGCGGCAGCGGGAAGCCAUCCUGCUGGUCCUGCCCCUCGUGGUGUCUCUCCUCAACGCGCUGAUGCCCCACCUGUACAAUUUGCUGGCGACGUGGGAGAAGCAGGACUCCCCCGUGGCACAGGUCUACGUGGCGAUCUGCAGGAACCUCAUUCUGAAGAUGGUGGUCCUCGGUCUGCUCUGCUACCAGUGGCUCAGCCGGAGAGUCGUCUGCUCCACAGAGGAGUGCUGGGAGACGUGUGUGGGGCAGGACCUGUAUCGCUUCGUGGUGAUGGACUUCAUAUUCACCCUGCUGGACACGCUUUUUGGGGAGCUGGUCUGGAGGCUGAUCUUGGAGAAGAGGCUGAGGAGGAGGCAGAGGCCCGAGUUUGAUAUUGCCCGAAACGUGCUGGAGCUGAUCUAUGGGCAGACCCUGACCUGGCUGGGCGUUCUCUUCGCACCCCUCCUGCCAGCCGUGCAGACGCUGAAGCUGCUGCUGCUGUUCUAUAUCAAAAAGACCAGCCUGAUGCAGAACUGCCAGGCCCCCAGCAAGCCCUGGCAAGCGUCUCACAUGAGCACUGUCUUCAUCACGCUGUGCUUCCCGUCCUUCCUGAGUGCAGCCCUCUUCCUCUCCUACACCAUCUGGUCGGUGCGGCCGUCAGAAACCUGUGGUCCCUUCCAGGGACUGGAAACCAUCUACAAGUCAGCGAAGACCUGGGUGCAAGUGCUGGAGAAGUCCAGCCCAAACAUCGCCUGGUUUGCCUGGGUGCACCAGCACCUCGUGGAGAACACUUUCCUCCUGUUCCUCAUGUCCGGGGUCCUGCUAGCCGUGAUCUACUUCAACAUCCAGGUGGUGAGAGGGCAGCGGAGGAUCAUCCGCCUGCUGAGGGAGCAGAUCGCCAACGAGCACGUCCCGGGGCUGCUCACUGCAGUGUCUCUGCUGUUGCAGGAAGGGGAAGAUAAAACAUUCCUCAUUCAGAAGCUUUACUCCGUUUAUGAGCAGAGAGAGAGACGCGCCUGAGUCCCAGUGUGGGGCGGUGCUGCCUGCCCCCAGCAGCAGACACUCGGGGUCUCAGGGACUGCAUCUCUCCUCUCCGUGUCGGACUCUCCACGAAGGAGCUGGACAGGACCAGACUCUGCUCGCAGCCAGGGACUGGAUCCGGCCAUCUGUCUGAGCCGUCGCGGCGUGGCACGGGAAGCAGCCGGACUGCGGGGUGCGGGGGAAGAUCCUCUCCUGUGGGUUGCAGCGGCCAAGGACCCGUUGGGAUACAUGGUCUGGCAGCUCCGCGGGGAUGCUGUGGCACAGGAACGUGGGUGCUCCCACUGCCCGGAGCUGCUGGGGACGCAGCAGGACCGGGCCCAGGACUGCCAUCGCGUCCCAGGGCACUGCUCUGUGCAGGGCUGGCUCGCCAGCAGCACCCUUCUCCGUGGGUGGUUACUGUUAGCAGAGAACAGCUCUGGGCUGUUUUCAGAAGCCUCCAGAGACAGUGAAGCUUUCUGGCUGGAGAGAACCUGCAGCCCCUUUUGCACUGCUCAUACCUUCCCCACGAACGAGACCACGCGGGCCCCCCGCCGCCGGCCAGGCAGCCCUGCGGCACACUGUGCCUGCCCGCAGGACAGGCUCAACAAACCCACCAUGGUACUGAGGAACCUGAAGGCUCUGGCUCCCUGCCGACCUGGCCCAUUAAAGAGUGUCUGCGCA